AUGGGUAAUCUUCCUUCUUCUUUUAUUCUUCGCUCAGUUGUUAAUGCUGGAAGCUAUCUUUCUAAUUUCCACUCUUUUUCUUCUUCUUCUAACACCAUUGCUACCCACAUCGAAGGCCUAAGUAAGAAACCCAUGUCCAUGCCCGUUAGAGGAAAGGGAAAAAGAGACCACAGCUUCGAUAAUGUUGAUCAUGCUUUGAUUUUGUUCAAUAAGAUGAUUGAAAAGUACCCAAUGCCUUCAAUUGUGGAAUUCAAUAAAUUAUUAGGAGCCAUUGUUAAGAUGAAACAUUAUCUCAUUGUUGUUUCUAAGUAUAGACGGAUCGAAUUAUUGGGAGUUUCCCAUGAUGUUUAUUCUAUGAGCAUCUUGAUUAAUUGCUUUUGUCAAUUAGGUCGAAUUGAUUUUGGGUUGUCUGUUUUGGGGAAAAUGCUGAAGUUAGGUUUUGAACCUAGUGCUGUAACUUUUUCAACCUUGAUUAAUGGACUUUGUAAUCAAAAUAAGAUUUCUGAGGCUGUUAGCAUGUUCGAUGGAAUGACUGAAAGCGGGUAUCAACCUAAUUUGAUUGUUUACAAUAUAAUGCUUAAGGGGUUGUGUAAGACCGGUAAUACUGGUAGAGCUGUUAGGUUUCUAAGGCUGAUGGAAAGCAGAGGUUAUGAACCCGAUAUUGUAGCAUAUAGUACCAUCCUUGACUGUCUUUGUAAGAACGGUUUGUUACAGGAGGCUCUCAAUCUCUUAUCUGAAAUGAAGGUUAAAGGCAUUAGACCAAAUGUCGUUACUUAUAGUUGUUUAAUUCAUGGUAUGUGUAAUUCGGGCCAGCAGGAGGAGGCUACAAGGCUCUUGGAUGAAAUGGUGGAUAAUAAUAUUUCACUUGAUAUUGUCACAUAUAAUAUAUUGAUUGGUGCCUUUUGCAAGGAAGGAAAGGUUUCUAAAGCUGUAGAGACCGUUGACUUGAUGAGAAAGCAAGGGAUUGAGCCCGAUGUUGUCAGGUAUAAUACACUGGUUGAUGCGCUUUGCAAGGAAGGAAUGGUCUCUGAAGCUGAGGGUUUUGUUUACGCAAUGAUAAAGCGAGGCAUUGAGCCUAAUGUUGUUACCCAUAAUGCAUUAAUCAACGGCCAUUGCUUGCAGAACGAAAUGGAUAAAGCUAGAAGAGUUUUCAACUUGAUGAUUGAGAAGGGUUGUGCACCUGAUAUAGUUACUUAUAAUAUAUUGGUUGAUGCACAUUGCAAGCAAGGGAUGGUCUUUGAAGCCAAGGAUAUUGUUGACUCAAUGAGAAAGAGAGGCAUUGAGCCUAAUGUUGUUACCUAUAGUGUGUUAGUUAAUGGUCACUGCUUACAGAAUGAAAUGGAUAAAGCUAGAAGGGUUUUCAGCUUGAUGAUUGAGAAGGGUUGUGCACCUAAUAUAGUUACUUACAACACCAUGAUCAAUGGAUAUUGCAAAGCGAAGAGAAAGAUGCUUGCUUCUGGACAAGUUCCAAAUAUAGUGACCUGUAACAUUGUGCUAGAUGGUUUAUGUAAAACAGGUCAUAUCAAAGAGGCAUUGGGACUUUUUCAAGGGAUGCGAAACAGUGGGUUGGAACUUGAUAUUGUCCCAUAUACUAUCCUAAUUAAUGGGUUGUGCAAAGCUGGGCAUAUCGAAGUUGCAAAGGAAUUAUUUCAUCAACUCUCAGACAAUGGUUUAAAACCAAAUGUUUACACAUAUUGUGUAAUGAUUAACGGACUGUGUAAAGAGGGAUUGCCAGAUGAAGCAUACAGGUUGUUUGGGAGCAUGGGAGAUAAUGACUGUUUGCCUAAUAGCUGCUGUUACAAUAUAAUGAUUCAGGGGUUCCUUCACAACAGUUAUACCUCAAAGGCAAAGCAACUUCUUAUGGAAAUGGUUGAUAAGGGCUUUUUUGCAGAUAUAGGCACUGCCACCUUAUUUAUGGAUCUCAUUGUAUACUCUAAUAAAUCAAUCUUGCUCUGA